GCUCAUCGGAAGAGGAGGUUAUAGUAGUUAGUGCAAUUUGUGCCGAGAUUGAAAAAGAGGAAAGUGCAAAAUUACGCCGGAAACAUCGGUUUUGGGUUCAUGAAAUAUUUAAAAAAAGAAGAGAAUAUGGCGAGUUUCAUCAUCUUUUCCCGGAUUUAUUAAAAGAUGAUGCAAAAUUUUUUAAAUAUUUUCGGAUGUCUCAAACCAAAUUUUAUGAGUUGCUUAGGAUGCUACCGUUUUCGAAGAAAUAUACUCCAUUUAGAGAACCUGUCAGCUGGGAGGAGCGCCUUGCAUUGACGCUGAAAUUUAUUGGUCACGUUAACUCAUUCACCACAUUAUCAUUUAGCUACAGACUUGGAUAUACAACAGUUCGUACCAUUGUUUAUGAAACUUUAGAGUGUAUUUGGGAAAACUUACAACCUGUUGUUUUACCUAACCCAAGCAAAGAGCACUGGGAAAAGAUUGAACGCGAUUUUCAUGAGAUGUGGAAUUUUCCAAAUUGUUGCGGAGCAUUAGAUGGUAAGCAUGUGGUCAUAGAGAAACCUCCAAGAAGUGGAUCACUCUAUUUUAAUUAUAAACAUCAGCAUAGUAUAGUUCUAUUGGCAUUAGUGGAUGCAACAUAUCGAUUUGUCACAGUUGAUGUAGGGGCCUAUGGUAGGAACAGUGAUGGUGGGAUAUUCAAUUCGUCGUCUCUUGGAAAAAAAUUAUAUUCUAAUGAACUAAAUUUUCCUCCUAGUAAGCCUUUGCCGAAUACUAAUACAGUAUUACCAUUCGUCAUUGUAGCGGAUGCGGCGUUUCCUUUAAAAGAUAAUAUUAUGAGACCUUACCCUUCAAACGAAAUUGCCAAUAAUGAAGCUUAUAAAGUGUACGACUAUAGACACUCUCGUGCACGAAGAGUAGUCGAAAAUGCAUUUGGGUUACUUACCAAAAAGUUUAAAUGGUAUUCUACAAAAUACAACAUACUUCCUAGAAAUAUUGAUAAAAUCAUAUUAGCAACAGUAGUGCUGCACAAUUUUUUGAGAAACGAUAAAUGUUCCUGGCAACCAGAAGAAUUAGAGAAAGAAGACUUUUGUUUUCUUCGUGACCUUUCUCAUAUUGGCGGUCGAACCCCCUUUUCAGCAGAAAGAAUCAGGGAAGCCUUCACUGAAUAUUUUGUGUCCCCAAAUGGAAGUGUACCUUGGCAGCUUGAACGUGUAUAUGAUGGAAGACGAUAAUGUAUUUUUAUUAAUAAAAUAUAUACAGAGAGGGGCUAAAUUAUCGAAUAAAUUCAUUUUCUCUAAAAUUUUGGAAGAAAAUACCAAAACAGGUCGAUUUUUACUUUUAAAUUACAAUUUUUUGGCAUAUACAGUGGAACCUCGAUUAUCCGUCACCUCUGUUAACCGUCAGGGUCCAUUAAGUUAUAUUGUAUACACAAGUAAAAAUUGAGUCAUCAAUUCAUUUUGUUUGAGCAUUGCGAUAAGCCAAACGAAAUUCAUUGAAAUGUACACGUGCAGUUAUGCCAUCACCGCAUUUUUUUAUGUAAAUAAUUUUUAUUCUUAUUCAGGGCUCUGGAUUAAAUUUCAAUUUAAAUAGGUAAUGAUAAAUGAUACCAUACUUUUAGAGUUCUAUUUUUAGAAUCGCAAGCCGAAAAUAAAAAUGUACAUCACACAAAUUAUUAGUUAAUAUCUGUGUGUCACCAUAACAGUAUGAUUUUUAUUUUUUUUAAUGUUCUGUUAACCGUCUUUUCGAUUAUCCGUCAUACUCUUGGUCCGGUGCCCUGACGGAUAAUCGAGGUUCCACUGUAUUUCAUACUAGAGACGUCAUUCAUCUGAGCUUAAUGAUGUAAUCGAUGAUUUUUUUAAAUGGGAAUAGGGGUUGUGUGGCAUCUCAUUUGAAAGGGUGUUCAAUCCUCUAUUCAGUAAUAUAAACAAUAAUAUCAUUAUUUCUACAGGGUGGCCAAAACAAUAAUUUUUAAAUUACAUUAAUUGACGCAAAAAGAAGAAUGUAUGUAAUUUAUUUAACUCAAAAUACAUUGUACUGCUGUCAGUAAAUAGAAAAAAAUGUUUAUUUCACAAAUAAACAUUUCAUUUCACUUAAAUUAAAUCACAAACAGCCUCCCACCUACCUCUUGACAGUUUGAACAUUUAAUUUAAGCGAAAAGCAAUGUUUUUUGCCAAAUAAACAUUUUUUUCUAUUUUCUGACAUCAUUAGAAAGUAUUUUGAGUUAAAUAAAUUGCAUACAUUCUUACUUUUUCGUCAAUUAAUUUAAUUAAAAAAGUAUUUUUUGGCCACAAAUGAGAUGCCACACGACCCAUAUUCCCAUUUAAAAUAAUCAUAGAUUACGUCAUCACGCUCAGAUGAAUAACGUCGCUAGUAUGAAAUAUAUGCCAAAAAAAUUGUAAUUUAAAAAUAAAAAUCGACGUGUUUCGGGAUUUUUCUCCAAAGCCGUCCAUUUUAGAGAAAAUGAAUUUAUUCCAUAAUUUAGCCCAUCUCUAUGUAGGAGAAAAAUGUUAUGUAUUGUUUUAAUUUUAUUUUAGAAACGCAUCAUGUCAUCUAUGAUAUAUUUUAAAAACUAUCGUAAAAUAAAAGUUUUUAAAAGACAUAAACUACACAAUUUUAAUGAAUAUGCAUCAUGUUAAAAAAACGAA